UAAGAUAAAAUUAAAGGUGACAAAGCCAAAACUUUGAUCAGCCUCUCUCUCUCUCUCUCUCUCCUCUUGCACAGUAAAAUCUCUUUCUUUUCCUUUCAACUUUCAACCUUUCCUCUUUCUCUCUCUCUCUCUCUCUGGUGCUGUGGUGCCAUGUGCUCGCGUUUCUUGGAUUCCCGUACCAAAUGCAGAACCCCCACCAUCUUUGCGUCAUUCUUCUUCUCCCUCUUCCUCACCUCUUCCGCCGCAUGCUUCAACUUGAAUUGCCAGGUUCUGGAAGCAUGUACAGCUGCCACCGAUUGUGGGCCGGGUCUCUAUUGCGGCAAUUGCCCUGCUUUAGGCCGGACUCGUCCCGUUUGCACCAGAGGCCAAGCCACCAUCGUUACAUCUCUCGUUAAUGUUUUGCCCUUCAACAAGUACACGUGGAUCAUGACCCAUAAUUCAUUCAGCAUCGUGGAUGCACCAUCUUUGGCUGGUGUUCAGAGACUCACCUUUUACAAUCAAGAAGACACUGUUACUAACCAGUUGAGGAAUGGAGUGAGAGGACUGAUGUUGGAUAUGUACGACUUUGAGAACGAUAUCUGGCUCUGUCAUUCAUUCCGAGAGCAAUGCUUCAACUUCACUGCCUUUCAACCUGCAAUAAAUACUUUGAGAGAAGUGGAAGCAUUCUUAACUGCAAAUCCGACCGAGAUUAUCACCAUUGUAAUUGAGGAUUAUGUGCGUAGUCCAAAGGGGUUAAUUAAUCUGUUCUCAAAUGCUGGACUAGAUAAAUAUUGGUUCCCGGUGUCUGAUAUGCCCAAGAAGGGUGAAGAUUGGCCCACUGUAACAGAGAUGGUUCAAGCAAAUCGUCGUCUCCUUGUUUUCACUUCGGAUGCUUCUAAGGAAGCUGAAGAAGGAAUCGCUUAUCAGUGGACUUAUAUGAUUGAAAAUGAGUCCGGAGAUCCUGGAGUUCAAGGGGGUUCUUGUCCACACAGAAAAGAAUCGAAGCCGCUAACUUCUAGAAGUGCAUCACUGUUCUUACAGAACUACUUUCCAACAUAUCCGGUUGAAGCUGACUCAUGCAAAGAGCAUUCGGCUCCACUUGCUGAUAUGGUGAACACAUGUUACAAAGCUGCAGGAAAUAUGUUGCCUAAUUUUAUAGCAGUUAAUUUUUACAUGAGGAGUGACGGUGGGGGCGUGUUCGAUAUCGUGGAUAAAAUGAACGGCCACUCGCUGUGCGGCUGCAAUACAGUCUCUGCUUGCCAGGAGGCAGCACCGUUUGGAUCUUGCAAGAAUAUUACUGUACCUUAUACAAGUCCAGUGACUAACACAGCUGGAAGCUUUACAGGAUCUGUUCAGUUCUCUAGAUCAGCUUCACCUGCUCUUUCUCCAAAUUGCUGCCUUUUCGUCUUGUUUUAUUUUCUCCUUAUUUCUGUUUUAUUAAGAUUGUGAUUUAUUAUCACACAAGCAAAGUCUAACAAGAGAAGCUCUUAGAGUUAUGAUAUUUGUCUAUCAUGAAUGAGUUAGUCUUUAAAGAGGGGCUUCUUGUGAUUUCGUGUGUACACUAGUACUUCCUCAAACUCUGGAAUGCCAUGGAACUGCUCAUAGGUUAUAAAUGAGAUAAAACAAAAUUUUGGAAUUGCUGAGGCCAUAGUCACGGAUCUGUGAGGUCAUCUGAGGUAGAUGGUAACCCACCAAGAAAGACUAAGAUGCAUCCAGAGCAGUUCAGGAUUUGUACCAAGGUAUCAUUAGUCAAGACAGAAUACGAAUUUGCAACAUAGGAUCAGGAUGUCAAGAAGCUCUUGGUCUUUGUUACGGUUUGUUCCGAUUGUAUUCUUCACAAUACUUACCACUUGUCCUUUUUUCAUUCACUUUUGUAACUUUUUGUAUUGAUGUUUGAACACUAUAGUGCUAUUCUCGUACAUUUUAAC